AUGGUUGUGUUCAGAAUAAGGAAAACUCACAGAAGACAAUAUGGCAUUCUAUGUUUCACUAUCGCUGGGCUUAUUAUAUAUCACUAUAUCAGAAUGGAGCCAGGAUUGAGGAAAAUGAGCAGGAGAGAAGGGCUAAAUGCCAGCUCCUCCCUGUUCACUCUGGACGGAGAGGAGUUCCGAAUACUGGGGGGGUCCAUCCAUUACUUCCGCGUCCCCAGAGCUUACUGGAAGGACCGCCUAAUGAAGAUGAAGUCCUGUGGGCUAAACACUCUCACCACCUAUGUCCCUUGGAAUCUACAUGAACCUGAGAGAGGCGUUUUCAAUUUCAAAAGGGAGCUGGAUUUAGAAGCUUACAUCAACCUGGCGGCUGAGGUGGGACUCUGGGUUAUACUGCGUCCCGGGCCAUACAUCUGCUCUGAAUGGGACCUGGGAGGGCUGCCAAGUUGGCUGUUGCGUGAUGAAAAUAUGAAGCUGAGAACAACCUAUCCAGGAUUCACAGAGGCAGUCAACUCUUUCUUUGACAAACUCAUUCCAAAAAUUGUUCCUCUACAGUUUAAGAGAGGAGGCCCCAUCAUUGCACUACAAGUGGAAAAUGAGUAUGGCUCCUAUGCAAAGGAUAUUAAUUACAUGCCUUUCAUCAAAGAGGCUCUGCAAUCUCGUGGAAUUGACGAGCUGCUUCUGACAUCGGAUAACCAUGACGGAUUGAAGCUUGGUGGUGUGAAUGGAGCCCUCAAAACCAUCAAUCUACAGAAACUGAAUACUGAAAGCCUGAAAUAUCUGGAUGCUGUUCAGCCUCACAGCCCUAAGAUGGUGAUGGAGUAUUGGACUGGGUGGUUUGAUGCCUGGGGUGACCUUCACCAUCUCUUUCCUGCAGAGGACAUGGUUGCUGUUGUGAGGAAGAUUCUUAAACAGGGAAUGUCCAUCAACCUGUACAUGUUUCAUGGAGGGACAAACUUUGGCUUCGUGAGCGGAGCUCUGGCAACCCCCUCAUACAAGGCUUUGAUCACAAGCUACGAUUAUGAUGCCCCAUUAUCUGAGUCUGGGGACUACACCCCAAAGUACCAUCUUUUGAAGGAUUUAUUUAACCGGUAUCACACUGAGAAGCUCCCUGAGAUGCCUCCUCUCCGCUGGAGGGAAGCGUACGAGGCAGCAAUCAUGUAUCAACACCUCUCUCUGUGGGAUGCAUUGCAGUUCACCGGAGAGCCUUUCAGAUCAGUGACACCUGUCAAUAUGGAGAACCUCCCUGUGAACAAUGGCAAUGGCCAGUCUUAUGGAUACACUCUAUAUGAGACUACCAUCACCAGUGGAGGGAUUCUGAACUCUGGUAAUAACGUGCGUGACAGAGCCUUGGUGUUUGUGGACAAAAGUUUCAUUGGUGUUUUUAAGUAUAAGAGCCUGGAGCUUGCGGUGCCUGAUGGGAAGGGCCAACGAACACUGAGUUUGCUCGUAGAGAACUGUGGUAGGGUACACUAUGGGAAAAACUUAGAUGACCAGCGUAAAGGUCUGGUAGGUGACAUUGUGUUGAACAAUAUCCCAUUAAGAGACUUCACAAUUUACAGCCUAGAAAUGAAGCCCAGUUUUAUAGAAAGCCUGUUUUCUGCACCUUGGAAAUACCUCCCAGCCAUGCCCACCUUACCAGGAUUCUUUCAGGGCAGGAUUUUUGUUGAUGGCUAUCCUAGCGACACCUUUGUCAAGCUGCCGGGUUGGAACAAAGGAGUAGUGUUUAUAAAUGGUCAAAAUCUUGGACGUUACUGGGCCAUUGGACCUCAGCAAGCCCUCUACCUCCCAGGACCAUGGCUCAACAGUGGAAUAAACCAGGUCAUCGUGUUUGAAGAACAGGAAGCAGACGGUAAAAUCCAUUUUGAAGAGUCUCCAGAUCUGGGAAUGAGCGUUGACAUUCAGUAA